AUGGCACCUUAUGAAGCGGUGUAUGGGAGAAAAUGUAGGAGUCCCUUGUGUUGGAGCGAUAUCAGUGAGUCUUUGACUUUGGGGCCAAAAAUGAUUGAAGAAACAACGAAGCAAGUUAGGCUUAUCCAGGCAAACAUGAAGGCAGCUCAGGAUCGACAAAAGUCAUAUGCAGAUCAGAAUAGGAGAAUAGUGGAAUUUGAAGUUGGGGAAAAGGCUUUACUUAAGGUUUCACCUACCAAGGGAGUCAUGCGGUUUGGUAGAAAAGGGAAGUUGAAUCCUAGAUACAUUGGCCCGUAUGAAGUAUUGAAGAGAGUUGGUGAGGUAGCAUAUCAACUAGCCUUACCCAUGGAGUUAGCCAACGUUCACAAUGUUUUUCAUGUUUCCCAACUCCGAAAAUAUGUUCAUGACCCUACCCAUGUUAUCCAACCCGAGUCUAUUGAGCUAGAUGAGACCUUAACUUUCGAAGAACGCCCUGUGAAAAUUCUAGACACCAAAACGAGAAGUACCCGAAAUAAGGCGGUAAAGUUAGUUAAAGUCCUAUGGUCUAAUCAGAAUUCUGAAGAAGCAACUUGGGAAGCUGAGCAUGAUAUGAAAAAACGUUACCCGGAACUUUUCGACCAGGUACAAGAAAUUAAUCUUGAUCAUGAUGCAUCUUCUAAUAAUGAACUUAAAUCAUGCGUGACACCCAUGGAAGAGUCUAUAAUUGUAAACAUGGAAUAUGUGGAUGUAUUUGCAUGGUCUUAUACUAAUAUGCUUGGUGUCGAUCGUGAUAUUGCUGAACAUCGUAUGCCUCUAGCUCUACCCCGAAAGCUAGCCAAAGCAACAAAAGCUUCGUAG